GAAGAAGAAGAAGAAGAAGAAGAAGAAGAAUGAAAAGAAGAAGAAGAAGAAUGAAAAGAAGAAGAAGAAGAAGAAGAAGAAUGAAAAGAAGAAGAAGAAGAAUGAAAAGAAGAAGAAAGAAGAAGAAUGAAAAAGAAGAAGAAGAAGAAGAAGAAGAAGAAGAAGAAUGAAAAGAAGAAGAAGAAUGAAAAGAAGAAGAAUUCCAGUACAGCAAAAAGUGUAUCUGCAGAGAGCUCCGCUAUUUCUGACAGUUCUCUGACAGUUCCUUCACAUUUACAGCGGUUGAAACAUUGUAUCUAUUUGUUUCCGAAUAAAAACAUCUGUAUCCUAAAUGGAAACAAAUAGAUACAAUGUUUCAACCGCUGUAAAUGUGAAGGAACUGUCAGAGAACUGUCAGAAAUAGCGGAGCUCUCUGCAGGGACACUUUUUGCCAGCUGUAGAAGGGAUGAAAAUCGGCCGAUCGGGAAAAAUUCGAUUCGCGCAU